AUGGCAGAACCGACCAAAGUGGUGAUUGUUGGCGCGGGAUGGAAUGGGUUGAUGGUGGCGAAGACGUACCUGAAAAUUAACCCAGCUAUUUCGCUUACAAUUCUCGAGGCGGAAAGAACGCUCGGUGGAACAUGGUCCGGUGACCGUGUCUACCCAGAAUUCCACACACAAGUCCCCUAUGGUCGCUACGAGUCAUGUGACUUUCCAAUGACACGCCCGCCAGCUGCGCCGCGUGCAGGUGGAGACUUCAUUCCGUCCCUUCGUGUCCACGAAUACCUCGUAGAGUUUGCGCAGCGAUUCAAUAUUGCAGACAAGAUAACCUACAAUACUUCAGUCGAGCAUAUACAACGUCAUGAAGAUGGGAAGGGAUGGAAACUCGACAUCCGGAGAGAGAACGGUGAGCGAGAGGUUAUCAUCUGCGAUAAACUCGUCGUCGCGACUGGUGUCCACUCGCUACCAAAUGUCCCAGAUAUUCCGACUUCAACGGAAGAGCCUUUUGUUCCCUUGUCGUUUCACUCUCGCUACGUCGGCCGGCACUACGAUGAUAUCCGUUCGCCGUCUGUGAACGUUGUCACUAUCUAUGGCGGAGGAAAGUCUGCAUAUGACGCUGCUCAGGUAGCAUUGAACGCAGGGAAACAUGUUCACUGGGUAAUACGCACAAGUGGAUCAGGAGCAGGCGCACUUGCCUUGCCUGAAAUUAAUGGCAAGCCAGCCACCGACAUGCUCUUCACACCCGCGAUGGAGUUCAACAAUCCGCAUCCGAUGAGAAACACUUGGUGGGAUUGGUUUUUCCAUAGUGGCGGUAGUAGGAUUGGAUAUUGGCUUCAUUGGGCUGUAGCUGGCUUGGCGAGUCGAAUGAUGCUCAGCAAGUGGAGAUACGACGAAGGAGUUAUGAAGAAUCUUAAGCCACCGUUUGUGGAUCGCAUAUACUUCUGGCACAAUUCUUCCGUUCUCGCAUUACCAGGACCCGAACUAAUAGAUAAAGUCCGGAACGAGGAUGGAAUCACGAUUCACCGCGCAGAUAUUACUCGACUGUCCGGGCGCACCAUACACCUGGCAAAUGGCACAACACUCGAGACGGAUAUUUUGAUCUACGCCACUGGGUACAACAUUCAUCAUACCACAUUCUCGGAACGUGACUCUUGGGAGUUGGGACUUCCAGUCAGAAUUGACCGCAUACCCGUGAUUGCGCCUGGAACAUCAUGGCCUACAGAAUCCAUGGAACGGGCCGACCAAGAGGUUCUACAACGCUUCCCUCGGCUGAAAUCCACCUGUGAAGUCAAGAAACCGACAUGGACGCAGUAUAGAAUGUACAGAUACAUUCUUCCCUUUGAGCUACUUAGGAGGCGUGACAGAUCCCUCGCUUUCGUUGGCUACAUGGGAGGAGGAACGAUUAUCGGCGCGGAUGUCAGUGCGUUAUGGGCUGUUGCGUGGAUGGAAGGAAAGUUGGAGAUCACGAGGGACUUUGAGGAGAUGAUCAAGGAGUCCGAAGUUCUCAAUGCCUUCUUGAAGCGUCGAUACAUCAAUGCGAGUCAAGAGGCUCCAUACUUGCCUUUCGACGGCACGGUGAUUAUUCGCGAAAUGAUGAAGGAACUUGACGUUCCCCACCCAAAUUUGGGCGCUUGGACGCCGCAUUUCCCUUCUGCAUAUAGGGGUAUAGUAGAGACUUGGCUAGCUAAGCAUACCUAA